UCGGCGGGUUCUCACCGCUCGCUGCACGGAGGGCAGCCCCGGCUGGAUAAGUCUCCUCGGGAAACACUCGCGAGCUAAAUGACGAGGGAACAUGGGGAUUUUAGUGAGGUUGCGUGAGAGUGAGCCGGAGGACGAGUGAGCUCAAGUCCCAUCCGAGAGAAGAGGAGGAGGAGGAGGAGGACUACGGGGAAACGGUCCCGUUGGGACGGGGACGCAGCGGAAGGUUUUGUGCCUCACAGAGUUUGAAAUGGUGUCCGGGUGCUGCUCCGUGUUGUUUGGUUGUGCAGAAUAACAUCGGCGGGUUUUCAGGACGCGGUUGAUGGAGUUGGUCGCUCGGUUCUGAUCUGUUUGUGAUGGAGUGAGUGAGAGAGAGGGCGCACGGGAACUUCAGCCUCGCCAUGAAAUCAGUGCUCUUCAGCCGCUUCUUCAUCCUGCUGCCCUGGGUGCUCAUCGUCAUCAUCAUGAUCGAUAUCGACAGUAAAAGGACGAUCCGGGCUCCUGCGGCCGGUCGGACCGGCAGGGCGCCGCGGGCGGCCCGGACCGGCGCGCCGGGGGUUGGCGUCACCCAGAACCAGACUGCGCUGCCGGUCAUCUACGCCAUCACUCCGACUUACACCCGUCCGGUGCAGAAAGCGGAGCUGACCCGGCUGGCGCACGCCUUCCGCCAGGUGCCCCGGUUCCACUGGAUCGUGGUGGAGGACUCCACGGCGCGCACGGAGCUGGUGGCGCGCUUCCUGGCUCGGUGCGGGGUGCAGUUCACGCACCUGCAUGUGUUCACUCCCCGCAGGUUCAAGCGCGCCGGGAUGCCACGCGCCACCGAACAGAGGAAUGUGGCUCUCGCGUGGCUCCGGCAGCACCGGAGCCGGCGGGACUCCGGGGUGGUGUUCUUCGCGGAUGACGACAACACGUACAGCCUGGAGCUGUUUGAAGAGAUGCGAAGCACUCGAGGUGUGUCCGUUUGGCCUGUGGGAUUUGUUGGUGGCAGGGCUUACGAGCGACCCCUGGUGUCUGGGGGCAAAGUGGUGGGCUGGUACACGGGCUGGAGACCGGACAGACCCUUCGCUACAGACAUGGCAGGUUUUGCAGUGAACCUCCAGGUGAUCCUGGUGAACCCGCGGGCGAUGUUCAAGCGGCGUGGUUCCCAGCCCGGGAUGCAGGAGUCCGACUUCCUCAAGCAGAUCACCAAGGUCACUGAGUUGGAGCCCAAGGCCAACAACUGCACCAGGGUGCUGGUUUGGCACACACGCACAGAGAAACCGCACCUCGCAAAUGAGCCCAAACAUCGAAAGGACACUGUGGUCAUUGAGGUGUGAGAGGACGGAGCUGAGCACAGGAUCCACGAGCCAGAGCUGUUUGUGGCUGCCCGUUAUCUCUUGGCUGGAAAUAAAGACAGCACCCUGCUUUGUCUCCUUAUCGGGUUCAUACGAUCCGUUCACGACGGACACAGACACAGACCCGGAGGAGCUGCAUGACUCAAGACUUCUGGCUGUCUGUCAAACGUACUUUGUGAGAACUGGAGACCACUGAACCAGUUCCUUUUACAAACUGGGAUGACUUGGAUUGUUGAUUUUCUCCAUGUAUGGCUUGCUGAUGAAAAGAAAACACUGACAUGAAAAUCUGUUUGAGUCAUGAAUACCUCAUUGUCAAGUUAACUGUUUUACUGUGAUGUAGUUUCCAUAAACAAGGCUUGUGGUCCUGCAUCUAUUUUAUGACAGUGGUAAUGUUAUGCUGAUGUUUGUCAUAGUUAACGGAGGGUUCCGCAUUAAGGGAAAUACUGGAGCUUGCUGUCUCUCUUAAAGCGACAUGAAAAGAUUACAAGUGGUUACCUUAAAGCUAGGUUAGCAAAAAAGACAGGAAGCAGUGGAAACAGGAACGCUGCUCCACUCUUGAGGUAAAACACUACAAAAAAGUUCCUACUAACAGUUACUCACAGUUAGGGCCGGGCGAUAUGACUUCAAUCAAUAUCACCAUUAUUUCUAACUUAUACCUUGAUUAUGAUUAAUGACGCAUUACGUCUUAAGUUGUGUGUGGCAUUUGAACUGCGUUCCCAGUAGAAAGUUUGAAAACUCUUUGGCUGGGUUUUAGUCUGGACGAGUACAAACUGAUUGCUGAUUGGGUCUUUUGGGUCAUUCCUCAUCAUUUUGCCGAUUUGUCAGGCUCUUACCACAUGACCCCCUUCUGACAGAAAACAACCAGCACCUGCCUCGGCUACCGGUGCCGAACAUGAUCGACUGCUAUCUUUGCUGACCCUGUUGUCUUUGCUAACAGCUGUUGUGCAGCUAAAUUUUGCAUUUUAAAAUGAUGCAACAGCUUAUGUGCAUUGGAGUAAAGCAAUGCCCAAGCCUAGUGUGCGUAUGAGUGAGUAAACUCAUGUGGACAGGGAACAUUCUCAUUCUGAUUUUCUUUUUCAAAUUUUCAAACAAAAACUUAGUGGUAUGGAUGUAACCUAAGAUAAGAUAAUACCACUUCCUGUUUGCAGCUGUCACUGUUUUUUCUUUCCAUUCCCAGUUGAAGGAUAGUGAGCGUGUUUGCAAAAGUAUUAACUAUUACACUCCGCAUAACACCACCACGCCUCUCUUACUGAGCCAUUUUUCUUUUUUACAUCAGCUUUUCAUUCUUUUCAUCACCUGCCAAAAGUUUUAGCUCCAUUCGCUCUGGAAGGAAACACCACCACCAUCUCCAUGUGUGUAAAACACUAACAGAACCAGCUCUGGUCUUCUUGUUGACAUUAAUUACAUGUCUCAAACGUAAUGUGGUAAUGAUUUAUUGAUGCUACAACAUUCUCCUUUAAAUCACCCUGAACUGAUCAUAUAUAAUGAACUUUAGCAACCCUUGCCCUCCUCUCAUCCUGUUUACAUGCACAGGGUGUGAUCGGGUUUGGAAAUGGCACAUGUGACGUAACAAGAAACACCGCUACUGACAACCUGCCAUCCAUAAUGUAGAAUCUCUGGGCCGACAACAAAGAAAACUGGCCUCACAGGAAAACCUCGGCAGAAGAAUAAAGAGGAAUAACCUGAGUAUAUUGGAUGUAAACAGCUCAUCAGACGUGCUUCUGGUUUCACAGCUCAAAUGUGCAAGGCACCAUUUCUUCGGUGUGUUUUACCAGCAGUGUUGCCUUAAAGCUGGAGCGCAGGACUUUGAACGUCUGUCACAUUCAAGCACUUCGACAAAACAGUUCACACAGAGCUGAUGAAGUCUGUCAGGACCAGGAAGAUCUCUCUGGGCAACGUUGCCAAACUGUGCAUCGGCUGGGAUGUCUUUUGCAUGAACCGGGGAGCAAUGGAGAGGCAGUUGGCUGCAGCAACUAUGGAAGAACAACGCAAGGCAGCUUCCAAGAAAAGUUUCUCAUGCUCUACAUAGACAGGAGAGACGGCGUUCAGAGGAAGGAUUGGACUAAAAAAGACAGUGAUGGACAGUGAGGACAAUCAUGGAUUUAUACGUGGUGUGGCCGUCCUUGUUGUAGUGGCUGACUCAAGCUUUCAAAGCUCUUGGAUAGGUUAGCAUUAGUAAACUAUUUGGAGUAGGGUAGGUAGCUAUUAUUUACACUGAAUUAUUGUCUUGGAACUAUGGUCAUUUCUGUGUUCGACAGUGUCUGUGUCACUGCCAGAAGGGGGAGACUAAAGUUCCGCACUGCAGGUUUAAGUUUAGAGGAGACCGAACACGUCUUUGGAUCUCAUGUACACACAGGAAAGAAAAACAGGAUGAAUCCAGGAUUCUACAGCCUUUAUUCCAAAUGACCCUCUUGUAAAACUUGGAACAGAAGUACAGGAGCAAACAAAAUCCCCCAAAAGAUAAAACAGUACUUUUACAGUAAAGAGUCAUUGGACAAAGACGAACACAGAAAAAACAUUUCUUGCUAUUUAUUGUUUCAAUGCACGGAAACCACUUUUUUUUUCUUCUGUACUAGGCACCAGAAAAUGUAAACACAUUGGAAAUAAACCUGGAGGACAUUAGUUUUA